CUCUUCUGGGUCACUAUGCUGGGCCAGUUUGCGAGCUCCCUGGCUCAAGUGUUCAUCCUCGGGAUACCUUCGCGCUUGGCUUCGGUGUGGUUCGGCGCGGAUGAGGUCUCCACCGCCUGCUCCAUUGGAGUCUUUGGGAAUCAGCUGAAUGCGGAGGCCUGAAAAGAGGAGGGGCGCAACAUGAGCAGUCAGGAGGAAUACCAUCAUGACUGGGUGGACAGCCAUGAUGGAUCUUCCCUCAUAUCGGACUCAUCCAUCCAGGAAAUUGCGCAACUCUUCCCACUCAUGGAGACUAAACUGUACAAGCGGCGUUGGGUCAUGCUCUUCAUCUUUUGGAACUAUUCCAUGAGCAAUGGCAUGAUGUGGAUGCAAUAUGGCAUCAUCAGCAACAUCUUCAAGAACUUUUAUGGUGUUGACGAGCUGGCCAUCAACUGGCUCUCUAUAAUUUAUAGCUUUACCUACGUCCUUCUCAUCGCGCCCGUACUGUGGCUGCUGGACAACAGAGGCCUCAGGGAAAUUCUCUUGGUGGGCUCAGCCUUCAAUUGCAUAGGCGCUUGGAUCAAAACGAGCACGGCUCACCCCGACUCAUUUGCUGUGACCUUCCUCGGCCAGUUUGUGUGCUCAGUGGCAAAUCUUUACAUCCUCGGCGUCCCAUCCAAACUUGCUUCUCUGUGGUUUGGACAACAGGAGGUGUCCACGGCCUGUUCCAUUGCCGUUGUGGGAAACCAGAUGGGCAUUGCUAUUGGGUUUCUGAUCCCCCCCAUCCUCGUGCCUAACGUAGAUGAUGUGGAAGAGCUGGCACACCACAUUAAGAUCAUGUUCUACAUCAGCGCCGGUGUGGCCACCAUCAUUUUCAUCCUUGUGAUCAUUGUGUUCCAAGAGAAACCAGAGCUCCCUCCCACACAGGCCCAGGCCCAGGCCCGGUGCAUCCCUCCAGAGAGCUAUUCCUAUCUGGCCUCAAUUUGGAGACUGCUGCGCAAUAAGCCCUUCAUGCUGCUUGUGGUCAGUUAUGGACUAAAUGUUGGCUGCUUUUAUGCUGUGUCCACGCUUCUGAACCGAAUGAUCAUUGAACACUAUCCGGGUGAAGAAGUGAAUGCAGGUCGGAUUGGGCUGACCAUUGUCAUUGCAGGCAUGGUGGGAUCGCUCAUCUGUGGAAUUUGGCUGGACAAGACUAAAACUUACAAGCAGACCACGCUGGCCGUUUAUGUGCUCUCCCUGAUUGGGAUGCUUUUGUACGCCUCAACACUCAACCUGGGCUACCUCUGGGUGGUGUUUGUCACAGCUGGAAUUUUCGGCUUCUUCAUGACUGGAUAUCUUCCUUUGGGCUUCGAGUUUGCAGUAGAACUGACCUACCCAGAAUCAGAAGGAACUUCAUCUGGUCUUCUCAACUGUUCAGCUCAGAUCUUUGGAAUCAUCUUCACCAUCGCGGAGGGAAAGAUUAUUGACAGAUGGGGCACUUUGGCAGGAAAUAUUUUUCUGUCUAUAUUCAUUUUAAUAGGAGCGAUUAUGACUGGAUUCAUUAAGUCAGACCUCCGGAGGCAAAAGGCCAACCUACAGACUGCUGGGCAAUCAGUCAGUGUGAGUAUAUCGUUGACGGCAUCUCACGUCCUUGCGUCUGAUGCCGCCGUUGUAUUUUGUGCUGCAAAAAAGCGCUGCUGGUUAAUUUGGGCUGCGGACCUGACACUACAUUGCACUGUUGCAAGCAUGAAGGCAUGGACUUUCAUGUAACUUUCUCAGCGCUUUGUCCGACCACUCUGCUACAUUUUGCUCAAAGCUUACUUGACAUGCCACUUGGUUCAAAACUUGCGACAAUGUCCUUUUUAUAUCUUCGAGUGGGAGCAAAUGUAAGAUCUCAGCAUUGCCCCGUACCAAUGGCCUCAGCAUGACCCGGAAUGAAGCCUGCCCCUCUGCUCCACGUAGUAAGCUUUUUUGUUUGCGUUUCACUGUAAUAUCAGAAAAAAACCCGCAAACGCCACAAAUUAACUUAAGAAUUCAUGAGAUGAUAUGAUAUGAACAUAUUUAUGAUUCACUUCUCAUAAAUUUGACUAUUUGCAGCCUAUUUAAAGCCUCAUUUAAAGUAUUUCAGUGAAACAGCAAACAGCAUUUAAAAACAUUCUCUUCCGAAUUACCUUUGAGGUUCACAACGCAAUUUUUAAAAUCAACUUCACCUCACAUUGUUCCAUUCACAACAAUCUCCACCACAGGUGUCAACCUCUGGUGCUCGAGGGCCACGAUCCUGCGUGUUUUUCAUCUCUCCCUGCUGCAACACGCCUGAUUCAAAUGAUCGGGAUUGUUAUCAGGCUCCUGCAGUGCUCGCUAAUGUGAUGAUCAUAUAAAACAUUCACGAUAUUGGCCCUCGAGGGCCAGACUUUCACAACUGUGAUCUCUACCUUUCUUUUUAAUGCUUCUUAAAUGGAAAUAUAACAAAAAAUAUAAAGGACCAGCAAUCCUGCGCACCCAGAGCUUUAUUUGUUAAUUUCUGAUUGUGAAAUAUUGGAUUGAAUACUUGCAACCAAUCAAAUGCUGGGAAUUUCAUACGACUGUACUGUUCAAGUGGACAGGCAGCACGCUAUUUAUCUGUGUGUGCAAGGGUUUUUGGGCUCAGAUCUGUGCCACUGUUAGUGGGUUGCAUGUCAAGUUCUUUUAGGCGCCUCUCAAAGACAUGACACCCAAGCUAUUAUUCCAGCGUGCAGGCUCGGCGUCAUCGGUUCAGGACUACGGGGGCACAUCUUGCAGCAGCCCCCUGGCAGCAGCAGUUCUGACAUAAACGUACAAGCUAAAAAUCAAAACACCCGCCAAGGUAGGGACACCCUCUCUUAAAUACUCCCCAACAACUCUGAUGCUAUCCUAUUGUCGAUGGAAAAACUCGCCAGUUGUCAACCACAUUUCAAUUUAAGGUUGAGCAACUGCUUUCAAUAACGUGUUUGCACAGUGUAACGUUCCCUAAACUAAUCUAAUCCUCCUGUCAUGGAGCAGCAAUUCAGAAUCAUUUUCAUGCGUCUGCCUCAGUAUAUUUGUUCUGUUUGUGAAUCCUUUCAGGGACAGCGGUUACUACAGUGGACAGCUGAUCAUGUUAUCAGGUUACAGGGUGCACAAAAGGGUUAAAGGUACAGUGGAAACUCCAACGUCGAACACAUCAGAAGUCUUCCAGUUUGGAAUCAAAAGGUUUCAUUUAUUAUUGAACUCUUACGUUUGGCUCUGCGUUUUAUAAUGCCACCCCAGAAAGGGGGUACAGUAAUGUGAUACUGUAUUAACGAGGCAUCCAGCCAUUUUCUGUUGCACUCGGGUGAGCUUGAGUCAAACUCAGCUGACUUCGGAUGAGAAGCCAGACGAUCGCGGUUCAUCUGUCGACCAUUCACAUUCACACUUAUAGACAACUUAAGUCUUCCGUUAACCUAAAGCGUGGGUCUCAAACUCAUUUUUGUCGUGGGCCACAUUAUAAUUACCAUUUCCCUUGGAGGGCCGUGAUGACUGAAACUAUAUAAAGAAGUCAAAAAUAACAUUUUAUUCAACUGUUGUUUAAGUUACUGUCGUGAAGGGUUUGGUUACAAGAAAAUGCUUACAAUAUCCUUAUUUAUUGCAGAUGAGAUUUUAAAAUUUUGUUACAGAUUUUAGCGAGCAUCAUGGAAGUUGACAUGUUUGAUAUGCUUUUGCGGGCCACAUAAAAUGAGGUGGCGGGCCACAUUGGGCCUUGAGUUUGACACUCUGACCUAAAGUGUGCUAUUGGAGAAAACCAACACAAGCACGGGGAGAACAUGGAAACGCCAGAUGUGCUAAACACAAGCAGGUACCGACCAUCACGGCUCACCUGUUUUCUGAGGUUGGUCAUGUGAACCCUGAGGCACUGUGAUGUCAUUUUCAGUCAACAGCAAGUGGCAAAAUGGGCAACCCCUGAGAUGUAGUUUAUGUUCUUGCUUGAUUCAUAUUCCACAACCGCAUAUGUAAUACUGUAUGUAUCAGAAUACCAGGUUUAGAUGAGUGGAGAUGCACAGAACAUAUUGUCAAGAAAAUCUUUGAUUCGACUUACUCUUUAAAUUACUGCACAUCAUUUCCUGUUGGAAUACUUGUUUUAAAAUGGAUUGUGUUCAACUUUGGAGAUUCCACUAUUCACGUACUUCACUUUUGGGAGCAGCAUGUUGCCAAAAAAAUUCUAUUCUCGGAAGCACGGCAUUGAAGCUCUGGUUGCUUUGGGUUGAGUUGUCCUUUCCAGUGGCUAUUUUUAAAAUUGCAGUGGUAUAAUAAGACAAGUUGGACAGAGUCCAACUGUUAUGUUAUAUUUGAUGUCCUUUUUUUAAUGUUACAUGAUCACGAUUUGUUGGAGUAAAAGACUCAGAUCCUUUUUCAAGGUACGCAUAUAGUGAUUGGAGUGCAUUUCUGUUUUACCAGGACAUGAGCACUGCUCUAGAGGAAAGCCUUCCACCCCUGGAAAUCCAGAAAGAAGAAAGUUUUAAGUCGGAACACAGGAAGAAUUAGUCGCAAUACAUUCUGUUUUGAAAGCUUUGGUGAAGAUCGGUUGCUGUCCCAAUCAAAAAUACUGUGCGACUUUGUCCCGGUAGGACAUCACUCACAUGCGGAUCCCAAAACAAGCACAAGAAGUCAGUCAUGCACAACGUAAAUUAAGUUAGAAUCGCAUAUGUUUUUACUGUUCAUUGUUUGGAGCUUAAAUGUCAAGUGGAGUGUGACCUUUUCAUGUUCUCUUUCCUCAAAGCUUUCAAACUAGUGUUCUCCUACUAUGACUACUACGACAGUACUUCUGUCAAUCACCAACAUAGGAACUGUUUUCAAGCUUUGCUUUGCCAAAGCUUUUCAUUUAAGGACUGUGUUUAGAACAUUAACGGGACUGUAAUGUUUUCAUGUCACGGCAGCUGGAAGAUUUUACGCGUCAUUCCAGAUCAUGCGGCAGUAUUACCUCUGAAUUCGACUGACUACAAUAGCAGUCGAUGCUGUGCUUCUAAUGUAUACUUUGGAAAGACAGUUUUGUCCUCCCCCAGAGCUGGCAGGCAUAAACUAAGGACUGACAUCUGUGUCAAUAUGGAAAAAGAGGCGAAUCGAAUCGUUUAUUUUGCACAAGAGAAACAGCAAAUAUUUUAUUCAUUAAAAACGUGCUUUGCUUGUAGACUCAUUACUGAGAAAUGCUAAGUGUCCAUAGUUUAUGAUCAACUUGUUUCACUUAAUAUGUGGCUUUUUGUGUUGUGGUUUCUCUUUGUUUCAGAAUGUUUUUGCUCUGAGGUGCUAAAUUAAUAUUUUAUGGAAUUUUAGGACAUUAUACAAAGAUGUGAAGAUUUCACACUCCUUGAUAUUCAAAACACAUGAAAUAAAUUCUUCUUCUUGAGGAUCUCAUCUAA